AACCAUAUACUUUAUAUCCUAAACAACGAACCUUCAAAGAUUACUUAUCGGGUUCGGGUUAAUCGGGUUGCGGGUCAGUCGGGUUGCGGGUCAAUCGGGUUCGGGUUAAUCGGGUUGCGGGUCAGUCGGGUUGCGGGUCGGGCGGGUUACGGGUUGUUGACUUUAGUCAAUUCGGAUUGCGGUGGGUCGCGGGUCGGGUUGAUCGGGCGGGUUAAUCGGGUCGGGCUAUAUUUUGACACCUAUAGGUGAGACAGGGCAGCGGAGCAGCUACGGAAAGAGGGGACUGGCCGACUGGGGAUGGGGAGCCGGGAGCGGUUUCAAGGACUAGGGAUGCCGAUGAUGGUGACGGGAAGCGAUAGGAUAGAAGCGCUGGAGCGGAGACCUGCUUGCUACGGGAAGAGGGCAAGGGGAAAAGUACUGGCGAUGGCGAUGCGGUGGCGAGCUGACUGGGGAUGGCGACGAUGCCGUCGUGAAGCGCUGACGCCGGGUCAGGAGGUGUUGACGGCGGCAGGGUGGCCCCGCUCUUCUCCCUCUCUUCAAGGGUUGAAGACGAAGAUGAAAUGAAUUAGAGUUAGGGUUUUGUUUGGCUGCCCCAGACCCACGAUUUCCGUUGCCCUUCUCAAUUUCAAUUUUCAAUUUUAUUUUUAUUUUUAGGCAAACAAAACGGCCGGAAGGGGGAACCGCGCAACCAGCUCGAGCGGCCGCUCUAUAAAGCCGUAGCGGUUAAAUGGCUGAUCCGAGCCGGGUUUGCGGUCGGGUGGCGGUCCGGCCGACCGGCUCGGUUCGUCUUUAACAACACUGGGCAAUAAACACAUGAUCAUAUAUCUACCAGUAGCUCGCUCAACUACUGCCAAAUUCACUCCACCCCCAAGAUUUAAUUCAAACUAUUUCUUUAAUUCAAAACAAUUAAAACCCAUUUUUAACUUCUUCUCAACUCCUACCCAUUUCGCCUAACUACUGGUCUACUGCCCAAUUUAGCCAAUUUCUUUAAUUGAAAACGAUUCAAAAUGGAAAGGCCGAAGUCAAUAAUAUCCCGCCGUUUUUCACAUCUGAUGAUUAGAAUGAAUACAAUAGCAAAAACAUGCACUUAAGUACAACCUUUCUUUUGAUUCUCCUUAUUAUGUUGCAGUUUCCACGGCUGAGUUUGUUGUUGGGUGGGUAGUAUGGGUACCUGUAAUAUCAAAACAAGUAUUAACGGGUAAUCCGCGGGUACCCAUUGUAGAAUUUAUUGAUCCCAAAUCCCAUCUCGUAAAAAAAAUUACAAGUAUUUGGGUACCCGUAACCGUAGAAAAACGGGACGGAUAUAGGUAUACCCAAAUACACGUUUCCCGUUGUGCACCCCUAUUUUUCACUGACCCAUUUUCCUUCUCUUUUUUGAACCAUGUAAGAUGACAUGGUAUGUCCUAGGACAGACCAUGUAAAAUAGGAUGGUCCGUCUCGGACAAAACCAUUUAAAAUAGGAUGGUCUAUACUAGCUUCAUUCAUAUUGAAAUACAUGGUUCCACUUACGUUGGACCAUGUGAUUUUAGAUGGUUCUUGUCAAAGUACUUAUAAAAUUGAAUUUUUUUACUUUUAAUUGGUCCAAGUUUUUUUACAGCAAGAUAAAACGGAAAAAAGUCAUAUUCUCAUAACAUAAAUACAAUAUUCACAUAACAUAAAUAAUAUAUUCCUAUAACACAAAUACAAUAUACAUAAGAAAAAUUAAUUAAAAUGAUUCUUUUUAUCCCACAUCUAUUCUAACAAGUUUUAUAUCUAUGUGACAUUAUGGAAAAAUAUUGUGAAUCGUAUUGUAGAUCAUAAUAAUAACAUAACGAAAAUACACACUCACUCUUCUUUUUUCAUACACAAACAUCAUAUUUUCAUAAUCCUAUCACUUGAUGGUGAGAUACUUCAUGAAAGUUACCGUGACAUUUACGUACCAAGUCAGGGGCGAGUAUAGAUGCUACACUUAAUUACUUGAGAUGGGAGUGGGACUACCGUUUCAUAGUAAAAUACAAUCACUUUGUUUAAUUCAAUUGCUCUGGUAAUAGUACAUCAUAUUCUUAUAACCCUAUCACUUAAUGUUAAGAUACUUCAUGAAAGUUACCGUGACAUUUACUUACCAAGUCAGAGGGCGGGUAUAGAUGCUACCCUUAAUUGCUUGAGAUGGGACAACUGUUUCAUAGUAAAAUACAAUCACUUUG